AUGUCCAAGAAACCAUUAGGCCCUGGCCCAGGCGCUUACGCCCUGCCCCCGACGGUGGGCUACCGUCAGCACGACCCAUCCCGAUACCGGAACCCCAUGUACUCCCUGGGGGCGGCCGUCGGCUUCCGCGCUCCCCCCCUCAGUCCUGGUCCAGCGUACCGCAUCGAAAAAGUCACCAGGGAUGGUAUAAUGACUUCGCCCGCCUGGAGUUUCGGAGCCAGAUUGGGCGCGCGCAGCACGCUCCGCACGCCGGGGCCGGGCGCGCACGCGCCGGAGCGGUGCCCGGCCGGCGCCCGCGCGCCGCACUACUCGCUGGGGGCGCGGCCCGAGGUGGCGCCGCGCCGCGUGGGGCCCGCGCCCAACGCGUACGCGCCGCAGCUGGGCCCCGGCACGCCCGCCUACACGAUGGCGGCGCGCCUCGGCGUCGCUCCGCCGGCGCGCUCGCCCGGCCCCGCCGUCUACUUCCAGCAGGACGCGGACGUUUACAGGACGAGACCGCCGUGUUACACGCUGGCAUCGCGUUUGGUGGGCGCUGGGAAAGCCACACGCACCCCCGGCCCCGCCGCCUACCCGCCCAAUCUCUACAACACCAAAAAGAAUCCAUAUUCUUACUCUUUUGGCACAAAGCACAACGAAUAUGCUCCUCCCAUGAUCAUUAAGGAAGACACAAUGGAUUGUCUA